ACACACACACACACACACACUCAUGUGAAGCGCUGAAGCUCAUGGACCGUUUGAGCAGGUUUAUCUGUGUGUGGAUGAGGAGAGAAACUCUCUCUCUCUCUCUCUCUCUCUCUCUCUCUCUCUCUCUCUGUGUGUGUGUGUGUGUGUGUGUGUAGUGAUGUCCACAGGUCCACAGGACUCCAGCAUGGAGCAGAGGAGAGAACACACAUCAUAUCAGAUUGCAGAAGGCGAACGAAAGGAGUGAUCCACUCAGAAAAGCUUAUAAAGCAUUUAAAGUGCCUCUAUUCUGCUGUUUUAAAGGCUCUUAAUGUUGUUUCGGCGUCUCCUACAACAGAUAUUCCCCGAGGCGUCGGAAACGAAGAGCCUGAAGGAGCGACUGCCGUCCAUCAUGGUGGAGCCGUCGGAGGAGAGCAGCCGUGAGGAGGCGGACCCCUUCCAUGACCCCUGUGACCCCGCCGGCGGCGCUCAGCCUCACGAGGACGGAGUUCCUCCUGGCCUUAAACGUUCAUCCAUUCCCAGCAUCCAGAUCGACUACAGCAGGCUGACUCCGCCCCCCUCGCCCACGUCAUCACGCGCGGCUCCGCCCUGUUUCCCCGGCUGAGGCGGACAGCGUCAGAGAAACGACACCGGCACUGUCACAACUCACAAAUAUGGGAUUUAAACCUAGUUAUAGGCCGAAAUGAAAAGUUUUAGUCUUGUGAACAGAUACAUGCGACUAACCUCUAGGUGUCAUAGAUCAUGUGACUCACGUAAGCCAGACUGAAGAUCUAGAUGUUCUUUGGAUGAAUGUGUUAGUUCAAUAUUUCACUGCAAUUGUAAGACUGAUAUACAAUAAGAAAAAUGCUAAAUAAAAGCAUUUCCACACUUUCUGAUAACCGGGAAAUCAAAGUAUGAUCAGUGUGAUAUCAAAGUGUUUAAACUACAAAUACAAAAAUAAUGUGUUUUCUCAACAUUUCAGUCGUGUUUUCCAGCACUAAUAUCUAAAGAUUCUGAAAUCAAGACACAUUUACUGGAGAAGAAGCAAAAGUCUGGAUGAAAAAUGCAUCAACAUGAAAACAAACAUUUAAAAACUAAUAUCUGCCAGAAUAGGGUCAGAAAAAUAAACUUGU